AUGCCUCUCAUGAACGGCUUCUUGCGUCGCAAAGGUCCCGCAAGUAACGCUGAGCUUCGACGACACAGCUUGUACGCGCUCGAUUCCUCGAGCAUCCCGGCAGUACCGGUCAUACCAGACUUCCACAGCAGGGCCAGUGAGCAGACAGCUGGCCACCCUCUAGCCGCAGACCGAGGCUUCCCGUCCCAAGAUACCGUAGUGAAUGGUGCCUCCGCAGCCGGGACGCCGGCGGAGGCUGGUUAUGAGUCCCUGCAGCGGACCGUGUCCCCUCCAAUCCAAGAUCAGACGCAGAAGCAUCGCCGCUUCAGCAUGCUCAAAUUUCGACAUGCCUCGGACUCUCAGCUGGCAACCAGGGCGCGCCUGCAAGCUCGAGCCGAAGCCGAAGCCCCUCCUCUACCAAAAACCAUGUCCCAGAAACACCAAAACAUGCUCAGUAGCGGUCCAUACAAUAACCCGAUAGCUCCCGAGAUCAUCACCACCGCCCCCACCAUGGACGCGAAUGGGCCGCGACCGGUCAAGAAGCAAUCGAAGUCGAUAAGAGGAAAGAACCCCUCGACGGACAGUCAGGCAGAUGACCGAAUGCAAAUUCCAGCGACCAAAAGGCAUCGAAUGGAACGGAGGAAAACCAUGUCUGAUACAGCCUCACCUGGAAGUAAGGGCAGAGUUACUUUUGAUGCAACUAAGCGCCCGUCUACGCAGAUUGGUCCUUCUCCUCCGGCUUAUGGCGACGAGGGCAGUUCUACAUUGGCUCUGCCUGUCUCCCGCAUAUCGAUGUCUUCGAGGUCGGACGGUAGUUCUGGGGAGCAUGGGGUGUACGCAACUACGACGACUACUACCCAUACCGUCCACACUACAACUACCUUCUUCCGUCUCCCUCGUCGCAAAAAAGCCGCUCCAUUGUUCGACCUUGCCCACCUUCGACAAAAACCUGGUAAUCAGGAGUCUUCGUCUUCCCACUCGCUGGCAGCUUCUCGUAUUUCUGCAGGUUCUUCCAGAGCCCCAGGAACAGAGUCUUCUGCAGUGAGAGCCCUGCGGUCUCCUUCUGCUGAAGAUUUAGCCAGCCCGCGCUUCUCAAAUCCACUUCCCUCCCCCUCACAUCCGAACCUUGCUCUUGCAAAGACAUCCGCUGGUUUUGCUGCCGCACCCGGGGUGCCCUUGAUGCGACGAGGCUCCUCCUCUUCUACUCAAUCAUCGCCUAGUCAUACACAACUUCGUCUGCGGGGCCGAUCGUCUACUUUAAGUUCUGUACGAAAUAGGCCCACGGAGGAUUCGUUAGCGGCGGCCACAUUACCAUCUACCCGGACUUCAACCUCAACUGGUAGAAAGAGCUUUGGCGACCUUUUUGGUCUGUCUCACAGGCUGAGGCAAAAUUCAGAACCGCCUUUUCACCAUGGCUCUGGCCCAGCCACUCCGGGCUCUAACAAUUCCAAGCAAAAUUCGAUACAGCUGCAUAGAGAAACCCCGAUCAUCCUACCAGAGAGACACGAAGACGAUACGCCUGCGAAAUACCUCGUUCGCCUGGAGGAGGUAGUCAGUAGAGGCAUCGUUGCCAGCGUGCUAUCGAAAGGCACGGAUCCAUUCUCUCAAGCGGUGUUGAGAAGUUAUAUGCGUGGCUUCGGAUUCUUUGGCGAUCCAAUGGACAUGGCUAUUCGGAAGCUGCUUAUGGAAGUUGAGCUGCCCAAAGAAACUCAAGAGAUUGAUAGAUGCCUUCAGGGAUUCGCGAACAGGUAUCACGAAUGCAAUCCCGGCAUAUAUGCAUCUCCUGACCAGGCGUAUUUCAUCGCGUUCUCGCUCUUGAUUUUGCAUACGGACGUCUUCAACAAAAAUAACAAGCACAAGAUGCAAAAGCCGGACUAUCUGAAGAACACUCGUGGUGAAGGUAUCUUCGAUGAGAUUCUGGAAUGCUUUUAUGACAACAUCUCGUACACACCUUUCAUCCACGUCGAGGAUGAUCUUGAUAUAAACGGCGAGCGCAUUGUCCAGCACAAGACGAAAAAGAAAUCGAUAUUUCCUCGCGGGGCCGUGGAUCCUACAAGACGGCCCUCCAAGGAACCUGUUGACCCAUAUACUCUCAUCAUAGACAGCAAGCUUGAUACCCUGAGGCCGAACCUGAAGGAUGUGAUGUGUCUGGAAGAACCAUACACUUACCUUGGCACAGCUCCGUCGUUAAACCUUCAAGAUCUGCAGAAGACAUUCUUCCGAACCGGGGUUCUACAAAUCGUUUCCGCCAGGUCAAGACCUGACGCUUUCAUGAAUGACAAGACUGUCAAGAAUCCUGAUGAGGCCCAAGCAGGAAUAGUUGAUAUCAAGAUCACGAAAGUCGGGCUUCUAUGGCGCAAAGACGCGAAAAAGCGGAGAACCAAAUCCCCAUGGCAGGAGUGGGGUGCUAUCCUCACGGGUGCCCAGCUCUACUUCUUCAAAAAUAGCGCGUGGAUCAAAAACCUGAUGCAGCAGCAAGAAAGGCAUAUCAAGGAAGGACAUGAUGGGAGUGCUGUCGUUUUCACCCCUCCCCUUGCUGAGUUUAAGCCUGACGCACUCAUGUCGACGGAUGACGCCGUUGCUCUGCUAGACACCACCUACAAGAAGCACAAGCACGCCUUCAUAUUUGUCCGCCACGGAACUUUCGAAGAGACAUUCCUCGCCGAUAACGAGCAGGAAAUGAAUGACUGGCUCGCCAAACUAAAUUACGCCGCUGCUUUCCGAACCUCCGGCGUACGGAUGCGAGGUGUUGUAGGCGGACACUACGACGGCCAGAAGACUCGUGGUAUCAGGCGACUCGACAGUCAUAACGAGUCGACCAAAACUAUAUCCUCUCCAACAGGGGAGGUCACGAUCACAAGUGGUAAGAUAGACACCAAGAUGGCCCAUGAUAUUCUUGCAGCCCGCCGCGAGAUUAUGAUACAGAAGAUUGCCGAUGCAGAGGCAAAGCUCGCUGAGAAACAGGAGCGAUUGGACGACCAACUCAGAAAUGCUCGUCAUCUCCAGAUUCUCGCACCAAUUCAGCCCAAGAGCCGAGAGCAAGUCAUCCUGGCUGCUGGACGAAUGGCUGCCCAAGUCAAGUGGGGACGAAUGGAAAUCUGGCGUCUGAAAUGUCACAGAGACAUUCUCAAGAUGGACUUGGAGGAGGAGAGGAACCCCGGUGCUUCUUCGCUGCCAAAACAUGAGAUGGAAAUCCCGCUGCCGCUUUCCGAGCGGGCGAGUCUGGCACGUUUGCCGUCGAAGGCCAGCACUGUCACUCCGCAGCAAACACCUCGGUCGCCCAUGUCGACCCCCGCCAAUCGCCCAUCCACUGCAACACAGCCAACAUCACCCAGAGGUUCUGAACCGGGAUCAGACGAUGUUUUCCAGACUCCUCCUGAGCUAACGAAGUCCUCAAGCUUUCAUAACCACCAAGCAUCCUGGGAGCUUCCACCCCUGACCUUCGAGGCUCUCAGUCCACAGAGGCCUUCAACCUCAAGUCCAAAGUUGCAUUCCGAUCCGGGCGUGGCCCCAACGCCGUCAAAGGCCAGCCCGAGACCGAUGACAGGUGGCGAUUCUCAGCGUGCCCCUUCUCCGAACGUUGAUGCGGCCGAGCAAGCGGUCCUUGAGCAAGCAGGACUCAUCGAUACCGAUAAGACGCCAGACGGAAAGCGCCCUGGAAAUGGACUAGAAGCCGAAGAGAGCAAGGAAAAGAUGGAUAGAGGAAAGAUUCGCAGAAGCUUGCAUCGCACACUAAGAGAGGCUCAUGUUCCACCGCACGCGCGCAGUCGGAAAGGCAAGGACUCCUCGUCAAGCGCUGGAUUGUCUGAAGAGGAUGUUCUGUCUCGUGGUAGUGGGAGUUUCGUUGUCCAUGGCAAAAAGGCUUCAGUCAUAACCUUCGGGUCCGAAUUUCAAAGCAUGUCACCUGACGAGCGUCUGCGACUACGAAAACAGGUGCACAAGGAGGAGCCCCUCUCGUCUCCAGCAAGUAUUGACGACGAUUUCCACUCCCUUCUCGCCGAGCCUUUCGAUUUACAUGAACGACAUGGCUCACAAGCAACAACAAGCUCCGCGACAGCUAAAAGCUUUAGAGAUUUGCACAGAAAACUGGCUGGGCACGCGCUAGCUGUCGGCUCUGAUGGUGAUGAUAGCGAUGCUGCGGUUAGCUUUUCUGACGGCAGACGAACACCACAGCCACCAGUCGAAGAUGAAGAUGAGCACUUCGUCGACAGCCACCCGAGCCAAGCAAUGUUCUACACCCCCGAACACGAACGCUCGCCGGCUGCGCACGCUCUGCCCGAGACACACCUUUCACCAGUGCCUCACGGUGACGCAUACCAGCUCGAGAGCCCAUCCGAGAACGAAUGUCUCCCUCCAUUAAAAGCUGUUAUCAGCACCUGA